GGGGCUGGAAGGAAGGAACGACUUGGGGGGACGGUGUCAACACGGGAGAACUCUGUUCCAGGAACAAUGUCAGGAAACGUGAUACAGGGAACGAGCUGAACUGUUUAGCGAGAGACCCCUGGCGUCUCCAUCUCAGGUGGGAAGAGAAGCCCGGCGACCCCACGAGUGAGGUGAGCGGGGCGAGGCCCGGAAGCGCGGGAAGGCUCCCGAGGAGACGGCCGAGGGACCGCGGAGAACGGGUCAGCAGCAAGGGAAGGACCGCGGGCGUCCCCGCAGGAGCCGAGCGCAGGAGGGCGGCGAGGGCUCUUCCUGAGGCAGCUGUAUCCAGCAUGCUCCAAGGCCACAGCCCUGUGUCCCAGGCCUUGCUGGGGACCUUCUUCACCUGGGGGAUGACGGCGGCCGGGGCAGCUCUUGUGUUCGUAUUCUCUAGCGGACAGAGGCGGAUCUUAGAUGGAAGCCUUGGCUUUGCUGCAGGGGUCAUGCUGGCCGCUUCCUAUUGGUCGCUCCUGGCCCCGGCGGUGGAGAUGGCUACGUCCUCUGGUGGCUUUGGUGCCUUGGCCUUUUUCCCUGUGGCUGUCGGCUUUACCCUCGGAGCUGCGUUUGUCUACCUGGCUGACCUCCUCAUGCCUCACCAGGGUGCAGCAGAAGACCCCCAGAUGGCCCUGGCACUGAACCUCGACCCUGCGUUGAUGAAGAAGUCUGAUGCUGAGGGUCCCAGGCUGCUCUUCCCCGAGAGUGAACUUUCCAUCCGGAUAGGUAGAGCUGGGCUUCUUUCAGACAAGAGUGAGAAUGGCGAGGCGUAUCAGAGGAAGAAGGCAGUGACCGCCGGCCUUCCAGAGGGACCAGCUGCCCCCGUGCCGUCUCAGGGGAACCCGGCGCUGCCCGGCGGCAGCGGCUGGAGAAGAAUCGUGCUGCUCAUCUUGGCCAUCACCAUACACAACAUCCCAGAGGGUCUUGCUGUUGGAGUUGGAUUUGGAGCUGUAGAAAAGACAGCAUCUGCUACCUUUGAGAGCGCCAGGGUGGACGCUGCAGCAGGAAUGAAGCCUCCUACCUGGCUCCCAAUGGCACCGUUGAGCCCAGAGCCCUGGAAUGCAGGCGCAUGGCACCCAGCUGUGAGCAAACCCAGAGUCAACCCCGCCGGCUUCCAGACGGGACGGAAUUUAGCCAUUGGAAUUGGGAUCCAGAAUUUCCCGGAGGGCCUCGCGGUCAGCCUCCCGCUGCGAGGGGCUGGAUUCUCCACCUGGAGAGCCUUCUGGUACGGGCAGCUCAGCGGCAUGGUGGAGCCUCUGGCCGGGGUCUUUGGUGCCUUUGCCGUGGUGCUGGCGGAGCCCAUCCUGCCCUAUGCUCUGGCCUUUGCUGCCGGCGCCAUGGUCUAUGUGAUCAUGGAUGACAUCAUCCCCGAAGCCCACAUCAGUGGUAACGGGAAACUGGCGUCCUGGGCCUCCAUCCUGGGUUUUGUGGUGAUGAUGUCGUUGGAUGUUGGUCUGGGCUAGUUGCUGAAGUGCCUCGGACCCCGGGAAAGGCAGCACGAGGAAACGGCCGGGAUUGGCUUCUUCAGGACCACAGCCUCUUUCUUCACAUCAAAACGUUUUUCCUUUCCCUCCUUUUUGUCUCAUUAUCCUGAUUGACUCUGAUUAUGACAAUUUUUAGUUUUCUUUUAAGGGAGAUAGUGGUUUUAUUUGGAAUUUCAGGUAGUCACGGAACUACAGAUUUUUUGCUUGGCCACUACAUGGAAUCUUUCUUCGGUGGGAAAACCAAGGACCUACAGAUCAGGGAAGUCUCUGCUUUUGUACCUUUGGUCUCCCUCACUGGACUCAAUGGCAACUCCUCAAGGUCACCUACAGAAGCAAGCUACCGAGAGAGAAGUCUCCCAAGCAUCUUUGCCUAGUGACUCAGAGCAGAAUGGCCAGGACAGCUCUUGUCUGUCCUUCCCGAUCUUUUACUGUUGAUCCUCUGUCCAUCAAGACUGGAACAGGAGCAUUGUGGACAAAGCAACCUACUUCCCAAGGCCCAAGGAGGAACAUGCCUUCUUCUGCCUCCCCCAAGGGAGAGGCUGCAUGGGGCGAGACACAGACAAAGGGAAGAAAAUCAGCUAGUCUUUCUCUCUUUCCCUUUUUUUAAGGCAAAGAUUGACACUAUUGAAGUUAAGGGAAUUAGGACAACUGUGAACACACAGUGAGCCCUGUGAAAAGAGGACAGGGUAGAGCUUUGAUCGGAGACCUCUGCUCUCUCUGGAUUCCAAGAGCAAACCGGUUUGCCGUGGUUUCCAAGUCCCCCAGACAUGUGUUUUGAUAAGCUUAUAGGCUUCAUUUUUCUAAGAGACUUGGGGACACCAGCAAACUGCUAGAACUCAACCCCUUCAUUUACUUACGGAGGGAGCCACUUAAGCUCAUUUAAGUGAACGAAAGACAUUUGGAAUCUGCACUGGGUCCUUCUCUGUUGACUAUUCGGUAACUUAUAACCUGACCCAGAGCUCUUAAGCUGCUUUGCUGGAUUUUGGCCAGAGAGCUCAGGAUAAGACAGGAAAAGGGGUAGGAAAAGAAGAGGUAUUUUUUACAUUUCCCUUUUAAAGUAAAUUUGAGUCAAGUCAUCAUUCUAAAAUGACCCUAAAGAAUGACUUGAACGAGACUACUCCCUUAUACACACAGCUGCUCCAUCAGGGGUGACAUAACUUGUCUGCUUCCAACAUAGCUAAGGCCUGCCGUCCUCACUGGUUAUAGGAGCCUUUGGGACCUUGAGUGGGCUCUGCUGACAAGGCAGGCAGCCCAGGAGGCAGGUAUUCAGACACUGUGUUAUCAGUGCCUGCCCUGCGUUUACAUGUCUCAUUGCUGCCAAGGGUGAAUACUCUGUUCUGGGAAUGCCCUAUAACCCUACGCUAGAUCUAUGUACGUUCUUCCGGAGCACUGAUGAUCAAAAGUGAAGACACAUGCAGAGGUUUGACUGGUGGAGAUUCGUUGGUUUGGUGGUUGGCAUAUGGGUAUUUUUAUGUCUUUGUAUGUCAUUCUACAUAAUGCAGACUUCUUUCUGAUGGACAAGACCUCAUAACUGUGAUUAAUACCAAUAAAGGGGAUAUUGUUGUGGA